UUCUCCUGUGUAUGGAGAGAGAGAGAGAGAGUGAUUUUUUCUGGACCAGAAUUUUGUUUGUUUGGCUGGCUGGUUUUUUGUUUGUUUGUUUGUUUUAUCUAUGAGUGAAUUUGAGUAAAGUGAAUCCGAUCAACCAGAAAAAAAUAACGAUGAUGAUAACGACGAGUUAAUUUUUUUUUUUGUUAAUAACGUUUUUUUUAUUAAAAAUAAAUAUUAACACUUUCAAAAUUUCAUGCGCAAAUCGAAAACUCUACUUUUUUUCAUCACUUUUUUUUAAUGCGGAUGCCUGAAUUAUUGCUGUAAAUGUGACGCCUGAACUAACGGAAACGCCAAAACACUCCAACGUAUUACAUUAGUGUUAAUGAAUAUAAAAUAAAAUAAAACAAGCCAAACCAUGAAUACAAGUACAUUUGCAUUAUCAUCAUCGGCAUCACCACGUCGUUCAAUAUCAUCAUUAUAUCAUCGUAGUAUAUUUCAACAACAUCAACAACAAUUUUUACGACAAAAAUAUAGACAACAAAAAUCAUCAACCCCGACUAAUCCAAACCAAGAUGGUGAUCAAAAUAAGAUAAUGUCCACAACAGGAAAAGAUCAUCCGGAUGAAUCGUCGGCAUCCACAAAGAUUCGACGAUCAUCAUCAACAUAUUCGGCAUCAUCGGUUCAAAUUGGCCACCACCAUCAACAUCAACAGAUAAAUUUCAAAACAAAUCCAUUACAAUAUCUAUCAUAUCGUUUUAUCGAUCUGAUACAUAAAGCAUUUGAAAAAGAGGAAAAAGUUGAUGAACUUGAACAAAUGAUCAAUGAAAUAUGUGGCGGACAGGAAUUCAUUUAUCGUCGACAACAAGAAAUUGAUGUUCUGUGUAGGGAAACAUCAUUUUCACGGAAAGAAAUAAAAUUAUUAUAUUGGGGUUGGAAAUUAUCAUGUCCAGAAGGUAUUCUUAAUGAAUAUAUUUUUCGUGAUAUUUAUUCACAAUUUUUUCCACAAGCAGGCGAUGCAUCAAUCUAUGCACGUUAUGUUUAUCAGGCAAUGUUUGCCAAUGAAUUAGCCACAAAUGAACCGAUAACAUUUUUCGAAUAUGCAAAAGCAUUAUCCAAUCUUUGUCGUGGUACAUUAAUGGAUAAAAUUAAAUGGAUAUUUACUUUGUAUGAUAUUAAUCAUGAUGACCGUAUCACAUAUGAUGAAGUAUUCAAAAUAUCCGUUGCUAUUUAUGCAUUGCUUGGAUUUCAUGUAACACCAACACAUAAUUAUAAAACGUAUGAGGAACAUGCACGACGUGUUUUCGCAAAAUUGGAUGAAAAUUCUGUCGGUUAUGUUACGUUUGAUGAAUUUAAAGAUAUUUGUUUGAAGAAUGAAACUAUUUUAACAUCAAUGCAACAAUUGGAUACACAUUCGAUUUGAUCAACAUUC